GCUGCAUUUCCUUCCUCAGAGCUUGAGUGGUGCCUUGUCAGGGGGAGUACACAGCUGUGCAGCUCUCUGACAGAAUAUAAAAUAUGUACUUUUAUUAGGACAAGAUGUUGUUGUAAGUUUUGGUUUUUCCAAGACGGGGUCUGCAAACAGCUUGCCAUGGUUGUUUUGUCUUUAGUACUCAUUCUACAAAGUUUCCUAAUUUGGUUAGUUAGCUUGAUUCUUCGGCCUGUGUAUAUUCACCGAUAUUUUGGCCUUUCUAAACAGGCAUCUAAAUUCAAUUCCAUUCAAGGAACUAUCAUUGGAUUUACCUUGUAAGGAUGGAUUUGGAAAACGUUACUAAAGAUUUCGGUCCAGUCACCAGUCGCUUGACCAGCAGACCCGACAGAGUCCCGGGCCUUUCCUCCAUGUCGAACACGGUGAUGACCUCGCCUUGCAUCAACCUCUUCUCUCCUGGACCCACUCAUCUACUGUCUCCCGUCACUAAUCUGGCCCUAAACAUGAACAAUCUAGCUGGACUUGGGAGCCAACAGUGUGAUACUCCAAAGCGGAAACAACGUGUUCCCCUUCUGAAGAUUCCUUCCGUCGCCUCUGACUGCUCCUCUGAUGCAGGUCUUGGUAUGGAUUCCCCCAGCCCCAUGGACCCCAUCCAUGUUGAGGAGAUGUUUGAGAAGGCCGUUCUCCAGUCUGGAAGAGUUGUCAAUGAAAACAUGCCAAUCCGAAGAAUCAACUCUCUGCCACUGCAGCUGCUGAGCUUCAGUCCGGCUCUGAAGGGUCCGGUCCCCGGGAGCCAGAGUCAGCAGCGCCAUGGGGCCUUUGGACGGCUCGGUUCAGCCCAGGAUACAGCCACCUCCUCUGGGCACAGCGGUCACGGUGGACAGGGAAACAAGGAGAACCAGGAAAGCUUUGAGUUCAAGAAGCCCACCAAGCCCAUGUCACCCUGCCGUAUGAGGUCCUUCCAUAGUGAAGGAGAGGAGAAUAAGGACUUUGCCCCCUGGCCCAAGGACUUUGUCCCAGCGCUCGUGCUAUCUCCGUCCCAACGCCUCAGCUCAUUGGAUGACAGAAGACCCAUCUUCCCGCAUCGCUGCUCCCUUGACGACGACGGUUUCCUUGGCGUCCUGGAUGACGGUGAGGAGGAGUGUGACAUGCCCAUGGGGAUGUCCAGCCUGCUGACCGCUCCGCUUGUGAGGGGCCGCAGCACGUCGGGAGAUGACUCGGUAUGGAUGUUUGGCCACCAGAUGUCUGGUUCUGAUUUCUUCAAAGAAAGACAGGCAGUCAUUUUAAUUUUGAGUCAUUUUUAA